AUGAAACGAACAGGGUGGGAAUACCUUAUUAAAUGGAAGGGUUAUGAUAAAGUUGAAGAUAAUACAUGGGAAGGGGAGAAAUCGUGCGAAGGAUGUAAGGAUUUAAUUGAACAAUAUUGGGAAAGUAUAGGUGGGCGGUUAAUUCCAUCAGAAAGGCCAAGUGCACGUAAAAGAAAGUCCAGUCAAUUGCGUAAAAAUGAAAAUAAUGAUUUUGAUAUGAAGCAUCGAGCGUUGACGAGUAGAUCUAAAGAAAUAUCUACAAGUAAUUUAUCAACAGAAACAUGGAAACCACCAAUGCAUCUUUCAUCAUGGGAAGAUGAAAUUGAAUCUGUUGAUACAAUUGAGCGAGAUGCUUCAGGGAAAUUACUUGUAUAUGUUAAUUGGGUUCAUGGUAAAAAAUCUGUUCAUGAUAGUCUACUAAUAUAUCAAAAAUGUCCUUUAAAAAUGCUUCAUUUUUAUGAAAACCAUUUGGUUUUUCGAGACGUUGCAUAAAAAUAGAAAAUGAAAACCUUGCAAUAAUUAUACAUUUAGUACAUUAAGCACAUGUAUAUAUUUGUAAUGAACGUAAUGAAUGAUAUUAUAAAUUAUAUAAUUUUUUAGGGUCUAAGUUUCUAAAAGGAAUAUGAUUUACAUAAACAUUUAAAAAAGAAACAUAUACAUCAAAAAAGAGAAAACUGAUACAGAAACUGUUAUUAUACAUAACUUCCUAUUCGGAUAUAAUUAGAAAAAAGCUCAAAUAUAAGGUUACUAUACAAAUUAAAAUUAUUUCUGGAAACUGAUAAAUCUGGUUUUACUCUCAACUCUGAUUCUUCCAUCUAGAAAUGUCAACUUCUUAUAUCAUUUUCUAUCAAAACACUCAGUUAUAUACUUUUCCUUCUAAUUUUCCAACAACAAGUUUUUUCAAUAUAUCUCUGGCUUCAUCUGAAUGUCCAACAUCUUCAAAAGCGUCUGUAGCAUCUUUACCUACAAAAACUAUUAAAAACAAACCAUACAUUCAAAACUGUUAUACCUGCAACAUCAAGUAAUACUUCUUCUCCACCAGGAUGUUCGUUUAUAAAAGGACUAACAUUAUACACCAUUUUAUCAAUAACCAUAUAAAUAUCAUCUCGAGUAACAUGUUUAGCAACUUCUGAUGCUUCUAUCUUUCUUAAGGUGUU